UGUCGGAGCAGGUCAUUGUGUCCGUUACACAUGAGUUAAUCUUCUAGAUAUUUGAUUCACACAAAAGCUCUUCAGCUCUCCAGAGACCUCCACUGUAAAUCGUGUGCGUUGUUGCUUGCUCAGGACAUUUCACAAUAGGAGGUGCACUUUUUUUUUAUUCUGGCCAGGUAUAAAUUCAGAGCUUGAACGUGGCAGAGCAUCAGUUCACCAGCUGGACAAACUGCUCCAACUACCAAAUCCUCUGCUGUGACUAACAACAAACUCAUCACCAUGGCCAGGAUCAUCUUCUACGAGGACAGGAACUUCAUGGGUCGCUCCUAUGAGUGUAGCAGCGACUGCUCUGAUAUGUCAUCCUACCUGAGCCGCUGCCACUCGUGCAGGGUGGAGAGCGGCUGCUGGAUGGUGUACGAUCACCCCAACUUCAUGGGAAACCAGUAUUUCCUCAGGAGGGGCGACUACUCCGACUACAUGAACAUGUGGGGCUGGGGCAACAACUGGAUCAGGUCCUGCCGCAUGAUCCCAAUGUACAGGGGCUCGUACAGAAUGAGGAUGUACGAGAGGGAGAACUUCAUGGGUCAGAUGAUGGACGUGACUGACGACUGCGACUCCAUCAUGGAUCGCUACCACUGGUCAGGCGGAUGCCACUCAUGCCACAUCAUGGACGGCCACUGGCUCAUGUACGAGCAGCCCCACUACAGGGGCAGGAUGUGGUACUUCAGGCCCGGAGAGUACCGCAGCUUCAGGGAGAUGAUGGGAACGAGCGGAAUGAGGUUCAUGAGCAUGAAGCGCAUCAUGGAUUCCUGGUAUUAAACAAAUCCAUUUCUGUAAUGUGCAAAUACUGAAUAAAAUCUUUAAAAAAGAAUUUACUAGUCUAUGUUUUGUGCUAACUCCUGUAUGGAUGAAGAUGAGCGAUGGAAGGCUGUUUAAUUAUCAUGACACUAUUAU